AUGAACAAAGAACAAACUGGAAUGAAAGUUACCACUAGCAUCAGACACAUAAAGAAUCAAUCAGCAGUGAAGGAGUUUAUACUGGUAGGUCUAACCAAUUCACCAGAAUUACAGAUGCUUCUUUUUUGGUUAUUCACAUUCAUCUAUGCUAUAGCCCUACUUGUCAACUUCCUCCUCAUCUUGACCAUUUACAGUUGCAAGAACCUCCACACUCCUAUGUACUUCCUGCUCAUCAAUUUGUCCUUUGUCAAUAUGUUAUCUAUCUCAGCUACAACUCCAAAGAUGCUGCAGAAUCUUUUGACCCACAGAAAGACCAUCUCAUUUUGUGGCUGCAUGACACAAGUGUAUUUCCUCAUUUUGGCUUUGGGGGCAGAAUUUGGGCUUCUUUGUGUUAUGGCCUUUGACCGUUACACGGCAAUCUGCCACCCUUUGCAGUACACAAUCAUCAUGAGGAAAGAAGUGUGCAUUGUGACAGCAUCAGGAGCGUGGGUUUUUGGAAUCGUGAAUUCUGCGGUUCAUUCUGGACUUCUGCUUCAGCUGUCCUUUUGCAAUUCCAACAUCAUAGACCAUUUCUAUUGUGAUCUGCCCCCACUUUUAAAGCUCUCCUGUUCAAACGCCAGCCUGAAUGAGUUGAUGGCUACUAUAGCAGAUGCAGUCACUGGGGGUGGAAGCUGUGUGUGGAUUCUUGCAUCAUAUUGCUUUAUCCUGAGAGCUAUUUUUAGAAUCCGUUCCACGGAAGGGAAGAAGAAAGCUUUCUCAACAUGUUCUUCUCAUCUCAUUGUAGUCAGUUUAUAUUUUUCCAUUGUUAUUUAUAUGUACACCAGGCCUCCCUCAGUCUCCUCUCUCAAUCAAGACAAGGUUGUUUCUCUGUUUUAUUCAGUGCUGACCCCAGUUCUAAACCCCCUUAUCUAUACCCUGAGAAACAAAGACUUUAAAGAAGCACUCAGGAAAUUACUUGGAACAAGUAGGCUGCUCCAGAGACCACAAGAUUGUUCUUUUGUUAUGUCUAGAAUUAAGUAG